CAUCGAUACUUGCCACCGUAAAUUGUUUUCAGUGAAUUCUAUAAACAAAAAAUAACAAGUAAUAUGGCUGCGAAUACAACAGUAGACGAGCAUUUCGAAGGCGCCGAUUUCGAUGAGGAUGCAGACGAUGAGCAAAUGGUCUCCACCAACUCGGGCCGCAAGCGUCUCUUCAGCAAGGAACUGCGCUGCAUGAUGUUUGGCUUUGGCGACGACAAGAAUCCUUAUACGGAGACAGUUGAUCUACUGGAGGAUCUGGUUAUUGAAUAUAUUGCCGAGACCACACAUCGCGCCAUGGAAAUUGGGCGCACGGGCCGUGUGCAGGUGGAGGACAUUAUAUUUCUCGUGCGUAAGGAUCAGCGUAAAUAUGCCAGAGUCAAGGAUCUGCUAACAAUGAAUGAGGAGCUGAAGAAAGCUCGCAAGGCUUUCGAUGAGAUUAAGUAUGUGGGUACCGAAGGAAAGCUCAAAUGACACAGCCCAAAGAAACCAAACUCAACGUAGCAUUAAGCUAAAACUUAAGUUUAUUUGUAAAACUGUUCAAUUAAUCAAAGUAGUCUUCAAUGUCAA